AUGGCUCUUAGCUCAGCCCCCACAAGACAGGUCGCGAGCUAUACGGAGAUCAUUGGCGAUAUUGUGAUCGGAUCUUGUGAUGACUGUAACUCGGUCACCAGUCCAGCGGCAUACUUUGUCGACCUCCUUCGACUGUUGAAGAACACUCCUAGUGAUGCUAAGGCAGGCUCGCCCAGCCUUCUCGACAGGAUUCUCGUCAGGCGCCCAGAUCUGUUGACCUUACAGCUCUCAUAUGUUAACACAAACGUACUGAUCCCGUAUAUUGACCUUGCCAACGAAGCCAUGGAGUCAUUCAUCAAGAAUGUUGGGACUCUCGUUCCACCGGCUGCCGUACCAAUUCAAGGGUUCAACAUGACGGAUCAAGAUACCAGCGAUAUCAGUCUGGCUGAGCCCAAGAACACGGACUACAGUGUCUAUCGUGAUCAAAUUUCCGCCCAGUAUUUCCCACUUACCGUAUUUCCUUACAAUCAGGCACUUGAUUUCCAACGCCUUUUCUUUUCCAGUCUGAACACGUCUUUUUCAGCGGUCAUUGACUUAUUUGGCUCGGAGUCACGUCUUCUUCCUCAAGUUGGUAGCAACAUCGCUCCUGAUCUGGUCAAACUAGCCAAGGAUGUAGUAGAUGCCGCCAGUGCAGCAGAGUUUCUUGGUCUCUGGCCUGCAGACUAUGUAGCCAUCACUGGAUCUUCUGUCUUUUCAUUCGACUUCUUCAAGGCGGUUUACGAUCAGAAUAUACAGCAGGACGCCUACAAUCAAAAGAUUGGACGUCUAGGCACUGGGCAGUACUGGGGCUACCAGGCUGCUGAUGGCAAGACAGCCGAGCAGGUCAUGUUAUCUGAAGACAACGACCAGGGACUGCCCCUUGUAAAGGCACAAUUGCUUCGUCGUACAGAGCUCACCUUUGAGCAGUUGAUAGACCUCCUCAAGGCCAGACUGCUCCAGGGCCAACUUGUCCUUGAGAACCCGGACAACACGGCAAUCUUUUCUGGAAAGCUGGAAGAGCUCAGGCUACGCCAUCCCACCAAAGAGGUUUCUAACGCGCCACUGACGGAGCGAGACUGUUGGUUAUUGCAGUCUUACAUCCGUCUCUGGCGUAAGACGGGAUGGACUUUGCAAGACCUCGACUGCGCGGUUGUCUCGUUUGGUACUGGCGACGCAGCCAGCGGCCUGAACAUCACUGCCCAGACCAUCACUUCAAUGGCAGCUAUACAGCGCAUCUCAACCCUGACGGGCAUUAUUGAUACUAACGGAGACAAGUCACUUUAUGCGAGGCUGUUCUUGAGAGGCAAGGCUGGCCGGAAGGACCCUGUUUUCGGACCAGACGAUCAAGGGCGAUACCUUCAGGCUGAUGCAAGUCUCCAAGAUAACAGAGCGCCAUUACUCUCAAGACUCGGACUCACGGAAGAAAGCUUUACGGCCAUCUUAGCAGCUGCCAAGAUCACCAAUGACAAACUUGAUUUGGCUAAUGUCACCACUAUUUAUCGGAUAACUAUUUUCUGUCAGAUACUUGGGGUAAGCCCAAUCUACUUUCAGUCGUUCCAAGCACUGCUGGACUCCGAUGAAGCUGCUUUUGUUGCCCCGCAGGCUACACUGAACAUUAUUAAGCAGUUUCAAGAGUGCGCAGAUGCCGGUCUCAGCUCGGAGCAGAUGAUUUUCUUCACAAACCACGACAAAGUCUUACUCUCGAAGAACGUCAACUCGAGGCUCUCGAUUCAGCAAAUCGCAAUAGCUGUAUCAGAUAUCAUCAAUAGCCUCCAGAGCAGCUACGCGGGGCCCCCGACUAUUAACAGCGACACAACUACAGCUUCUGCAGCCGAUGUCUCCGCCGUUUCAACUAAGAUGUUUGCUCCGGCUACUGCGCAGCAAGUGACGGCGUUUCUUCAAAUGCUCCCCGGAACAGACCUGACAGAUCAGUCAAAGGUGUACAAUAAUAUUCUCCGUCCAUUCUUCAGUGACACACAAGCAGCCCACAAAGUCUUUUUUGAGCAGCCAGAACCAAGCGGAACGGAGGAGGAGAAAGCCAUUGCCAAAGAAAAUAACCUUGAUUCUCGACGCCUGUUUUUCUUAAAAGCUGUUAUUAAACCACUUCAAGCCCGGAUUGCCAGUGAUACUGUCCUGCAGGUGCUCACUCCUCUCUACGUGGAAUCAGACCCCACUGUUCUUGGCCACCUACUCGGGACGGUUGUUGGACAAUCUGAGGGUGAGCGACCAGUUGCGAAGAUACUAGGUGAUCUCGGGGCCUCUAAUGAGGCGGCAUUAAAGAAAGGCUCGUCAGAUGUCUUCUUCAUACCAUUGAAUGUAGACCUAUACCGCUUCUUCUUUCCGGACACAAGCUUGGAAAAGGCCCCCACCGUUACUCUGGAUACGACAGCCCUUGUGUUCAACAAAGACGUAGGCGGGUGGAUUUCGAACGAGAUACGUCUAUCCAACGGACAAGCGUAUAAUUUACGCCGCUCUAAUGGUGGAUUGACAGAGUGUUUCUAUUCUACUCCGCGAAAUCCUAGACAAUCUUUUCCUUCCAACACUCUACUUGCACACGAUACUAUCAAGUACGCCCAAAGCUCCCUGAAACUGUUGUCGCGAGCCGCCGGUCUGUGUACCAGCUUCAAGUUGAAUAUUGAUGAGCUGCAGUUCUUCCAGAGUCAGGAGCUAAACACUGAUCUUGCAAUCGACUUGGGGAACAUUGACUGGAAGACUUUGCAGCUUGUGCAACGGUACAGAACUCUUUCAAGAAGGACAACAGGGACUACGAGCCUUCUAUCCUUCCUCAAAUGGGCCUGUGUGUCUCCUCGGGAUGGUACUCUGAUAGCACAGCUCGUCAGGCUCACGAAUGUAUCCCAAACGCAGAUCAAAGAUUACACAACUCAAAGGUUCUCAAGUCUAACUGAGGAUCAGUUGGUUCAGCGCUUCCAAGAAACUGCGGAGCUCAAACACUUACUUGAUAGUGUUGCCUUCGUGGAUCGCACAGGUGUCCCUGGUUUGACAUUCCAGCUCUUGUGCACCUUGGCGACGCCGGUCCUUCCACCAACCUCUGCCACUGAUUUUGAUAAUGCGGCCAAGUUGAGGCCGUUGCUCCAAUCAACACCGGCCUCACCAAACGGGUCAGACCUGGAGACGAAAGUGAAUAGUGGACUGCGAGUGAACCAGAGGACUGCGCUGGUCAAUUACCUGCUACAACAUCCAUACAUCUCAGCGAAAGGUAUUACGGAUGCAGAUGGCUUGUUUGAGUUCCUCUUGAUCGAUGUGCAAAUGGGUGCCUGUUUGAAGACCUCCCGCAUUAAACAGGCCAUCUCUACCGUGCAACUCUAUGUUCGAAGAUGUGUCCUGGGCUUGGAAAAGUCUGACCAGGUAGCAAGCAAUACCGUCAACAUGGAUCGCUGGAAGUGGAUGCAGGGAUAUAGGUUAUGGGAAGCGAAUCGCAAGGUCUUUCUCUAUCCGGAGAACUGGCUUGACGCUAGUCUACGAGAUGACAAGACAGAGGUCUUUAAGGCCCUUGAAUCCAGCAUCCUGCAGAACGAUCUCGACAAUGACAAGGUCGUUGAUUUGAUCAAAUCCUACGUGUAUGGUGUGGAUAGGAUUGCCGAUCUUGAUGUUCAGGCUUAUCUAUGGAAGAAGGUUGAGGAUUGGACUGGCACAUUCCAUUUCUUUGCCCGCACAAGAACCGCGCCUUACAUAUACUACUAUCGACCCCUUGAGAUCAUACCAACACCUUCCGGUAGAAGUAUCAAGAUCUAUUGGCAGCCAUGGACCAAGAUUGAUGUCGAAGUCCCUGUUCAUGAGGUAGAUGCCGACGGCAAACCUUUGAAGGAGUCAGGCUCAUAUCUCAUCCCUGCCUUGUACGGAGACCGCAUUUUCGUUUUCUUCCCACAGAUCGCCCUCAAGACAGAGCCCAACGCAGCUGCUACAGACAAACCAAUCAAGGAUGUCGGUAACGAGAAAACCCGCUCGAUGAAGGCAGGGAAGUACUGGCAGGUCCAGAUUGGCUGGACAGAGUACCGUAAUGGAAGAUGGACACCAAAGCAGGUCUCACAAGCUACUCUAGACAUUAGAGGGGCCCAGAGUACGGAUUUCCCCAUGCAGCAUGCAAGUUCUACUGCGCCUGGUAAUGCAUGGAAUGAGGCGGUAAAAUUACCUGACGUCUCAUCGUUCAAGUUCUGGAUUCGGUCUAGGAAAAGCGACUCAAUGCCCCCUGCUUCUUUGGUCGCUCCGGCUCCUCCCGCACCUAGCAAGGCUCCAGUUCCUAGUACAAGUAUUCUAGUCAUCGAUGUGGAGCGUUGGGUUGAUGCAGGCAAAGGCCAGAACCCUCGAUAUGUCAACUAUCCUCUAGGACGUUUCGAGAUGCGUGGCUCGCAGGUUAUCCUGGUCAACCUCGGAACAGCUGAUGUUUCACCUGACCCCUUCAAGAAGCCCUGGCGAUCAACUAUCCCUACCAAGUUCGCUAAAAUGUGGUGGCACAUGGAGAAGGACAAAGACCCGGCCGUUCCCGGUAUAGCUAUCGGCAGAGGCACGGGCGCCGACAAGGAGCCGCUGUUGGGUGUUGUUACGAAGCUCAUGGAUAAUAUUCCCAAGAAGGAUGUUCACUGGACGCUAUCAUUCAACGAUUCACAAGCCAAGAAUGCCACUGGCUUUGUUCAGGACAUUGUUACCACCGAAAGCACCAUCUCCUACAUCACCUAUCCACCCAUCGCGUCUUCAUCAACCUUUGCGUCCGAUGUCUUCCAGCACACUUUGGACAGAGACCUAGUUUCGAUGUCAACUAUGUACAAUGGGCUCGAUCAAGUCUACGCCUUUCUUGGAAGUGUACCACCGAAUGACACAUAUCUUGCCUUUGGAAAACGCAAUGGUCCUGUCCACGAACUCUCAACCCCAUAUGCCCUUUACAACUGGGAAUUGGGCGCCCAUUCCAUCAUGUUGCUCAUGGAAAGGCUACAGGUGACACAGCAGUAUGAUCUCGCUCUCCAAGUAGCGCAUUUCGUUUUUGAUCCAACCAUUGAUGGCACCAGUCUCACCCGUUGUUGGGUCUUCCCACCGUUUAAAGAGCUGGCGGCUGGUAAGAUUGACUCCGUGGAAGACAUUUUGAAGCUUCUUGAGCCAUCUAGUGGUUCAGAGGAGGACAUGAAGACCAGUAUUCUUGAGUGGCGUAAGAACCCAUUCAAUGCUCAUGUCGUGGCGCGAGGGAGACCUUUAGCUUACAUGAGGCGCAUCAUCAUGAAGUAUGUGGAGAUUCUUAUCGCUAGCGGCGAUGUCUAUUUUCGACAGAAUACCCUUGAGACUUUACCAUUGGCUAUUCAGCGUUACGUUGAAGCAUCUCAUGUCUUCGGGUCAAAGCCUGUACGCGUGCCUAAGCUAGCUAAGCCUGUGUAUAAAUCUUAUGCAGAUCUCGACCGGGACUUUAACGACUUUUCCAACGCUGCCUUCGACAUGGAAUUGGACUUCCCUUUCUUCAGCGAUCCUGCCUCACGUGGAGGAGUGCCUGGGGCCAGUGGCACUUUUGGCCUAACUGGUAUUCUGAAGACCACGUACUUCUGUGUCCCUUCUAAUCCGAAGCUUGUUGGACUUCGGGAUCUUAUAGACGACCGUCUUUUCAAGAUUCGCAACUGCCAGGAUAUAUAUGGUGUCGUCCGAAGUUUAGCUCUCUUCGAGCCACCACUAGACCCUGGGAUGCUCGUCCGAGCGACUGCCGGUGGCGUUGACAUUUCCCAGCUGGUGAGCAGUAUAGCAGGCCCCAUGCCAAAUUAUCGCUUCCAGUACUUGCUCCAAAAAGCUCAGGAGAUGUGUGCGGAGGUCAAGUCGAUGGGUACCUUGAUGCUGUCUAUCAAGGAGAGGAAGGAUGUGGAAGCACUCGCAAGUCUUCGAGCGCGGCAGGAUAAGGUCAUUCAGAAUCUUAUGAUUGAGAUGAAAGAAACUGCCAAGAAAGAAGCUGAAUCGAGUAUUGAUGCCCUCUUGGAGACGCGCCAGGCUCAGGUUGCAAGACUGGAGUACUACCUUGCUCUGACAGGGAGUGAUGACAAGUCUGCACCAGAUGAGAAGGAGGAUUGGGAAGACAUCGCACAGUCAAUUGAGAAGCCGACAACCGAUGAUCUACGUAUGACGUCUCAUGAAAAGCUUGAGAUGCAAAAGGCUGACGCCGCCUCGGAUCUAAAUCAAAAGGCGACUAUUCUCGACAUUGCGGCUAGUAUCAUCAAGAUCAUACCAGACAUCAACGAGGCAGCUGAGCCUCUUGGAGUUGGUGUAUCUAUUGACUCCAUCACCAAAAACAUCUGCGAGUCCAUGAUGAUCAAUUCGAAUGUCAUGCGUGCCCAGGCUCAACACUUUAGUGAUGAAGGUGCUCGCGCGUCGCGGACUGGCGGGCUCAUUAAACAGCUCCAAGAGCGGCGCUUGCAAGCCAACAUGGCUGGUCGUGACAUCAAGGAAACUGACAAGCAAAUCUUGACUGCGCGCAUCAGAGUCGAGAUGUGCGAGCGCAAUAUUCAACUACAGAAGCAACAGGCUGAGUAUGCACGCGACACAGAGGAAUGGCUGAGGACGAAGUACAGCAGUGAACAGCUCUACGCCUGGAUGGAUGGUGUCGUUCGGAAUCUGUACCACCAGACCUAUAUGAUUGCCGAUGAUCUGGCGCAGAAAGCCCAGAAGGCGUUCCAGUUUGAAAAGGGUGAUCAAUUUGUCAACAUUAUCAGUCCAUGUUACUGGGAUGCUGGAAGAGAUGGUUUGUUCUCCGGGGAAAACCUCUUUUUGUCUCUAAAGCGGCUUGAAGGGGCAUACAUCGAACAGCGCAUGCACGACUUUGAAAUAGUGAAAAACAUUUCGCUACGUCAGGUUCGGCCUUGGGCUCUGAUUAACUUACGUGAAACUGGCGCGGCAGAGUUUGACUUGCCAGAGGUUCUUUUCGACUUUGACUUCUCCGGUCACUAUUGUCGCCGCAUCAAGUCCGUCGGAAUGACUAUCCCAUGUAUUGUGGGACCCUACACCAGCGUCAAUGCCACGCUGACACUCCUCGAAUACCAAUAUCGCAUCAAGUCAGACGCCAAGGGCGCCCAAGACUAUCCCCAAAAAGCGACAGAUGAACGGUUCCAAACUGACCAGGUGCCGAUCCCAUCCAUUGCCGUUAGCCACGGGCAGCAGGACAGUGGUGUCUUGAAUCUUGACUUCAAGGACGAGCGAUACAUGCCCUUUGAAGGCGCGGGAGCAGUUAGUAGAUGGAGACUGGAACUUCCAACUACCAUCAAGCAAUUCGACUACAACCCUAUUAGUGACAUUGUCUUGCACAUGAAAUACACAGCUAUUCAAGGCUGUGCUGCCUUUCGCAAAGCUGCGGCAGAAUCUGCGGCUGCUGGCCUAUCGCUGAAUGAAGGCAUGUUUGCAGUGUUGGAUCUUCCCAACGAGUUUCCUUCUGAGUGGCACCGGCUAGUUAUGGCUGACAAGACCCAACCUUCAACUAUGCCGCUUCUAUCUUUACAAGAUCGUCUUCCAUUCUUCACAAAAGGCAAGAGUAUCAAGGCCGGAAGCGUGUCUGUGCAUAUCGAGUCGUCGGGUAUCAAUCUGGAAGAAGACAUCACCUUGACUGCUGCGAAUCGGCUGAACCUCAAGGCCGGAACUGGCAUUGGGUCCUUCCAAGUUGCUACCACAUCCACAAAUAUGAGACAACCUGUUAAAGAUUGGCGUCUGACCUUGUCAUCAAAAGCUAUGAAUGCAAGCCGUAAUCCUUUUACCUUUACUACUGUGCAGUAA